UUUCUGGAGACUUCUUGCAGACUAGCAUCAGCAUGUAUCAUGGCUACUACUGCUGAUUUCAUCAUCCUUCCUUUUCUUCUGCUUUCUUUACAUCUGCACACCGUAUUCAACUUCUGUUCUUGCUUUAAAUUGAAGAAUUUGUCGACAAGAAGUUAGAUUUUUGGAGUUUUCAACUAUUUUUCGAUCUGGGUGUUGGAAUUAUGGGUGGAAAUGGAGAAAAAAGUAGCGACUUUUAUCAAGUUUUGGGCUUGAAGAAAGAAUGCACUGAAACAGAGCUCAAGAAUGCUUACAAGAAGCUUGCAAUGAAAUGGCAUCCCGACCGGUGCUCGGCGGCCGGCAACUCCAAGUACGUGGAAGAGGCGAAGAACAAGUUUCAGGCCAUACAAGAAGCUUAUUCUGUACUUUCCAAUACCAACAAAAGGUUUCUGUACGAUGUAGGAGUUUACGACAGUGAUGAUGACGAAAAUGGGAUGGCCGACUUCAUGAGCGAAAUGGCUGCUAUGAUGCGUCAAAAUAAGCCCAACGAAAAGGGAGAGAGUCUUGAGGAACUAAAAGACUUGUUCGAGGAUUUGUUUGAAAGCGACGUAGAGUCGUUUGGUUGGACCUCCCACUCGGAAACAUCGACUUGUUUAUUAUCGAGCUCUACUUCCUCUAACAAACGAGGCUCCUCCGCUAUGUCGAAUACCAAAGCCAAAGACCCUUUGUGUUUUGAUGCUCGUUUCCAAGGAUUUUCGCAAGGGACAGGUGAAUACGAGGAGAGGAGUGGCGGCAGGAGGAAGGGGAGACACGCCUAACGUUGUUAUCCGACACACGAUUUGUGUGUUCGAUAAGAUGACAACUUCAAAAUACCGGUUUUAUUUGCUUUUUACAGUUGUAAUUUAAAAUACCAAAAGUGGAUCUAGACUCGGCUGUUUCUCUAUGAAAUAAAAUAGCCAAAUCUCU